CUAGUUUACGACACACGUGUAGCGUGUUACAGUGUUUACGCCAACAUGGUCAGAGUUAGUAAGAAAACGGAGAAGAAAAAGAAUUUGGAACAGAACUCCGGUCCGGAGCAGAACCCGGACACCCACGGAAGGUUCGCGGAUGAAGAUGAGGAGGACAGCAGCGGAGCUGAUGAAGAUGUCAGCGGUGAGGAAGAGGACGGAGAAGAUGACAGAAAGCGGAGGAAGCUGCUGGAGGCUAUCAGCGCGCUUGGAGGUCAGAGGAAAAAACCGCUGGCUGAGAGGUCCGAGGCGGCCGUGAACAUGUCGGAGUUCACGGUGAGCGCGGAGGGGGAGGCCGGCAGGAUGGAGCUGUCCGACCUGAUCGGAACCAUCCAGACGGCCCCCGGUAUGACGGCCCAAAACAGGAAGCAGCUGCGGGGGAUGGAGCGGAGUAGGAGGACCAUCGAGUGUCCGCUUAGCAAGCAGGACUCAGAGCGGAUCCAGAGAGACCUGGCUUUCCAGAAGGCCGCCUCAGCAGUGAGUCGCUGGGGCAGCAUCAUCACUCAGAGCCGCCGGGCCGAGCAGCUGGUCUUCCCUCUGAACCAAGAGCCCUCCGGACCCAGACCCGUGGAGAAGGUGGUGAUGUGCUGGAAGGCUCAGACGCCACUGGAACAGGAAAUCUUCAGUCUGCUGGCUGCUAACAAGCAGCCCAUCGUCGACCCCAUCCUGACCCCCACUGAGGAGGCCUCCCUAAGAGCCAUGAGCCUGGAGGACGCCAAGGUCCGCCGGGCCGAGCUCCAGAAGGCCCGGGCCCUGCAGUCUUACUAUGAAGCCAAGGCCCGCAGAGAGAGGAAGAUCAAGAGCAAAAAGUACCACAAAGUCCAGAACAAGGCCAAGAGGAAGGAUUUCCUGAAGCAGUUCGAUGAGAUGGUGAAGUCGGACCCGGCCGCCGCCGUGGAGGAGCUGAACAAGAUGGAGCUGGCCCGGAUGCAGGAGAGGAUGUCCCUCAAGCACCAGAACAGCGGAAAGUGGGCCAAGUCCAAGGCCAUCAUGGCCAAAUACGACGAGGAGGCCCGCAGAGCCAUGCAGCAGCAGCUGGAGGUGAACAAAGACCUGACCCAGAAGAUGGUGACCUCCCUGAACCAGGAGGAGGAGGAGGAGGAGGAGGAGGAAGGAGCAGCUGACAUGGAGAAGCUGCCAGACUUUGUGAAUGAUGCAGAGAAAGGACGGGAUUCAAACCCGUGGAUGAGAGGGAAACUCUCUGAAGAGCCCAAAGAGGAGGAGACGAGUGGAGGCGCUAAGGAGGUGGAGAAGGAGGCUCGUCCAACAGCAGGAGGAGAUGAAGAAGAGGAGGAAGAGGAAGGAGAGGAGGAGGUGCUUCUAAGAGAGUUUGACAACAAGAGGAAACUUCGUCAGGAGGCUGACAAAGCAGCAGGAGCGUUUGUGGAAAAGGAGGGGAUGGGGGCAGAGGAGGAGGAGAUGGAGGAGGCACAGGAGAAGGAGGAAGAGGCGGAGAUGGAGGAGGAGCUUUCAGAGUUCACUAAACUUUUUAAGGGAAAAACAAAAAGCCUGAAAGAGACAGAAGCAACGGAAGAAGCCACAACAGCUCAGCUGGAGGAAGGUCUGAUGAGGAUCAGGACCAUGGAGGACAUGGAGCUCCUCUCCCAGGACAACUUGGUCACAACCCCCACCACAGAGCACCCCCCCGCCACAGAGCACCCCCCCGCCACAGAGCAGCCGCCCCUCAGAAACAGGAAGAGGAAGAAGAAAGGGAUCGAACUGAAAGAAGUCCUCACCAAAGAGACCAAGAUCCUCCAUGUGCCCCUGUGUCCCACCGUGGAGGACUCGGAGGACAAAGUGAACCAGAGAGGACUCAUCAGAGAGGCUUUUGCUGGAGACGAUGUCAUCUCCGACUUCCUCAUGGAUAAAAGGAAGCAGGAAGAAUUGGGGAAGCCCAAGAGGGUGGACCUGACGCUGCCCGGCUGGGGCGAGUGGGGGGGUCUGGGCGUCAAGCCGUCGAAGGCCAAGCGGCGACGGUUCAGAUUCAGGACCGCAGCACCGCCACCCAGAAGGGACCAGCAUCUGCCCAGCGUCGUCAUCUCGGAGCAGAGGAACAGCUCCCUGAGCCUCCACCAGGUGAACUCUCUGCCCUUCCCCUUCCAGAACCACGCUCAGUUCGAGAGCUCCAUCCGGUCCCCGCUGGGCCGGACCUGGAACACGGAGCGCACCGUGAAGAAGGUCACCAAGCCCAGGGUGCUGACCCAGCUGGGUGCCAUCAUCCAGCCCAUGACUGAGGAGGAUCUGGAGCGGGACAAGGAGAAGAUGUCAGCUGGGAGGAGCCGCAGGCCGGAGUCCAGACCCUCCAGACCCACCAGACGGAAGUGAUUCCAGUUCCGACGCGGAGGAACUUUAAAGCGAGAUCAGACUGAGACAUGAAUUAAUGUUAAUGCGUUUUCUGUGCGGGAGCUUGGGGACAUCAGCAGAGCUGCAGAGGCCUGAAGCUGGUCUACCCAGUUCCUUAAAGUCCUGCAGAGUCUUUGAUUUGUUCCUCAGUGAACUGAGUAAAUCUGGACCUGGUGUGAGAGUUCUAAUAAAGCCAAAUCUGGAAA